AUGGCAACAACAACAACCACUACCACAUUGACUGUUCCGACUAAGGUGGAGUUGAAAGAUCUCGUCGACGAGUCGCUGGAAAAGCUUACACAAGAGUUAUGGGAAGUCAAUCAUCAAAUCUGGUCCAAUCCUGAGUUGGGCUUUCAGGAGCACAAAGCCCACGAUACGAUCUGCGACUUUCUCGAAAAGCAAGGCUUCAGCGUCACACGUCACGCGUACGGCAUCCCAACGGCAUUCGAAGCCAGAAGCGGACAAGGAGGCCGUCUCGUAGGCUUCAACGCCGAAUAUGACGCUCUUCCCAACAUCGGCCAUGCUUGUGGACACAAUCUGAUCGCCACCAGUGGCCUGGCUGGAUUUCUAGCACUUUCACACACCUUGAAAAUGCAGAAUAUUCCCGGACGGACGCAAUUACUGGGCACGCCAGCCGAGGAAAGCGGUGGCGGCAAAAUCAAGCUGCUCCAAGCAGGAGCCUACAACGGUGUGGAUGUUACAUUGAUGGCGCACGGAGGUACGAAUAACAUGAAGAACUUUGGCGCAGGUCACGGUGGCGUUGGCGGCGUCCGCAUGGUAGCCCGGGAGCAAUUCUUCUGCGAGUUCAAGGGGAAGAAUGCCCAUGCAGGUGCCAACCCGUGGGAUGGCCAUAACGCCCUUGACGCCUUCGUCGCCUCGUACAACAACGUCUCCCUGCUUCGUCAGCAGAUCCUCGACACGGACCGCAUUCACUCUGCUAUCACGGAGUCUCCCAAAGCUGCGAACAUCAUAGCAGCCGCAACAAAGGCGACAUUUGUCACGAGAAGCGAGACUCUCAAGAGUCUCAAGGCGUUAUCCGAGAAAUUGAUUGCCUGCAUCGAGGCUGGGGCAUCCGCGACGGGCUGUGAAGUUUCCAUUGAGAGAGAAGCACACUACGCAGACAUGGUCAUCAACGAAGCCCUGUGUCGCCGCUGGCAGGCAAGGAUGGCGGAAUAUGGACGAAAUGUCCUCGUGAGCAUUCCGACGCCAGUAUCCGCCUCCUCGGAUUUCGGAAACGUCAGCUAUGCUAUGCCGGGCCUGCAUCCCAUUUUCACGAUCCCUGCUUCGGAAGGCAGUUCGCCACAUCAUGCCUCUUUUACGAGCGCUGCUGGCACCAGGGAGGCGCAUGAUAUUGCGGUGACUGUGGGGAAGGCACUUGCGCUGGUGGGCUGGGAUGUGCUCACUGACGAUGAGGUUUUCGAGGCUUCAAAGUCGGAGUGGUUUGGGAAGAUGGCUGCCGAGGGUGUUGCCUAA